AUGGGCUCUAGUUUCAUUUCAGCUCUCCCCUCUGACUUGGAACUCCAAACCAAGAGCUCUACUCUCCAGCAAGUGCCUGUAGUCAGCAGCACCCCUAAUUCACGACUUCUGCAUUCAUCAGCUGCUGCAAAGAAGGCUGUGGUAAUACCAAGUCCUUCACGGAUCCCUGUUUUCAAAGGGGAGAAGGUGACUCUGACCUGCAGUGGAUUCCAUUUUCUACAGGGAGAGAAAUUGUGGUGGUUCUAUGAAGAUCAAUGGCAGAAAAAGUCAAACCCUGUUGAGGUUAAAAAGACUGGAGAGUACAGAUGCCAAAAGGAGGGUUUAAUCCAUAGUGAUCCUGUGUAUCUGGUAUUUUCUACUGAUGAGCUGAUUCUUCAAAUUCCAUACUUUGUGUUUGAAGGAGACACAGUGCUCUUGAUGUGUCGAGGACGGAAUGAUGUAUUACUCAAACACAUUUCAUACUAUAAAGAUAAAAAGCCCUUUUCUGGUGUCAAUACAAAUUCAGUUCUCUCAAUCCCUCAUGCAAAUUCAGAUCACAAUGGUUGGUAUUCUUGCAAGGCCCAAUUGAAACGGUCUCAGAAAACUUCAAAAGAUGUAAAGCUCCAAGUCCUAGAACUGUUUGCACCUCCUAAGAUGAAAACUACAACCUCUGAGCCUACAGAGGGGACCCCAGUGACCCUGAGCUGUGAAAUCCAGCUUCCCCUACAGAGGUCAGACACCAAGCUAAACUUCUCCUUCUUCAGAGAUGGGAGGGUCAUCACAUCAACCCAGCAGAAGUCCCAGGUGCUUCAGAUCCCAGCCAUACAGAGGGAAGAUUCUGGGUCCUACUGGUGUGAGGCAGAAACUAUGACUCAGGAUAUCAAGAAGCAGAGUGAACAUGUAAAAAUCAGUGUGAAGAGAAUCCCUGUCUCUGGCAUCCUCCUGAAGAUCCGACCUCCAAAGACACAGGUGAUUGAGGGAGAGAAGCUAGUCCUUGAAUGUUCAGUAGCUGGGGGAACAGGAAAUAUUACAUUUUGCUGGCACAAAGAUAAUGUCAAAGAUUGUCUAAGAAAGAAGACUCAGUACUCAUUGAAGGAAGAGUUUGUGUUCUCUACUAUAAAGAAGAGUGAUGAAGGAAGAUAUCAUUGCGUUGCUGACAAUAACAUCAACAACAUCAGCAGUGGGAUAGUGGCUUUCAGUGUGAUAAUUCCAGUGUCUCGUCCUCUUCUCACCUUUAGUGUAGCUGGGAUGCAGGCUGUUGUGGGGAGUGUGGUGGAGUUUCGAUGUGAAGUCCUCAGAGGUUCUGCUCCAAUCUUCUAUCAGUUUUAUCAUAAGGAUUUAAUCUUAGAGACUAUCUUGGCGCCAUUUGGAGGCACAGUGUCCUUUAACCUCUCUGUGACAAUUGAACAUUCUGGGAAUUACUCCUGUAAGGCCAACAAUAGCUUCAGUAGUCAAGUCAGUGAAAUUCUGGAACUCUCCAUCUUAGACCCCACAGGGAGGAGCUUAUUUGUCAUGGGAAUCAUGUUGUCCUUUCUUGGCAUCCUAAGUCUUAUUGCUGUUGUCCUUCUGGUUUACUUCAAGCUCAAGAGGAAACCAGGAAGAAGUCCUGUCUCUAAGCCUUCUAGGGACCUACUUAUCACAGACCUUCAAGAAUCUGGCCACUCAAAUUCAGUCACCUCAGUGGAGCUUCAGCCAAUAUAUGCCAAUGUGACUCCAUUCAUUGAGAACGUGGUCUAUUCUGAAGUAUGGAAUAUGAAGCAGGAAAAAAUAAAUAGAGCCAACAGCUCUGUGACCCCUCCAGAGGACAAGGACUCCUCCGUGACAUAUUCUGAAGUCAAGACAUAUAGCACUAGUGUCCCAACAUGGAAAGAUGGGACCAUUGAUGAAAAUCAUGAAGAUGUUACAGAAAAUUAUGAAAAUGUCCUGCUCUCUUGACCUAGACUCUAGGCCCAUCGGAUUCUUCAGGGAUCUUUAAUUUAUAUCACCUAUCUGUUUUCCCCUCUGGUAUUCUUUCUUCAUUUACUCUGGGGUGAAGCUGGCACAUACUUUAUUCAGAGUAGACUUAACAAGAGGCACCAGUGCUCUGGAUAACAUGUUCACAUAGGGAAAUAGAAAUAAUUAAAGAAUAAAUAAAGUCCAUUCCCCCUAAAAUCACCUCAAGAACAGAAGAAAGUGUGCAAAAUCAAACAAUAAAUUAUCAUCACAAAAAAUGGACCAAAAAGAAUCUACAUUAAAAUGUUCUUGUUGUUAAA